CCUAGCAGCGGGCGCCGCCAUGGCGCCGCGGCGGGGCGGCCCGGUGGGCUACGCGCUGCUGUGCGGCCAGGCCGUGCUGCUGCUCGGCAACCUGCUGCUGCUGCACGGCGCCUCCCGCGGGGCCCCCCGCAACAGCUCCGAGCCCGAGGAGUCUGCCCCGGGGCCUCCCGCCGCCUCCUGGGCCUACACCGACCCGCGGGCGCCGCUCGUGCUCUGCACCUACCUUCCCGAGGAGUUCGUGGAGUGCGAGGAGCCGGUGGAUCACGGCGGGAACGCCACGGCGCAGCAGGAGCUGGGCCACGGCUGCGUGAAGGUACACCGGACAUUAUUUCAUAACCACUCUGCUCUACUCGUUUUUCCUGGGUUGCUUCGGAGUGGAUCGUUUCUGCCUGGGCCACACCGGGACGGCAGUGGGGAAGCUGCUGACCCUGGGGGGGCUGGGGAUCUGGUGGUUUGUGGAUCUGAUCCUCCUCAUCACCGGGGGGCUGAUGCCCAGCGACGGCAGCAACUGGUGCACCGUGUACUGAGGGGGCAGGGCUGGCCUGAGAGAGCAGCAGCAUCUGUGCAGGGCAGGGGAUGGAUCCUCUGCUGUCCCACAGGACUGGGAAACAGGCUCCUCUGCUUGUCCAGCAGCAUCAGAAGAUCCUGCCUUCACACACGUGGAUUUACAAAGCUGUAAAACUUCAUGUGCAGAACAGCUAUUCCUGUUCAUUCCUCUGCACAAACCUUGGACACAAAAUGGUUCAGUAUGUAUUUUGCUUGUUUAAAAUAAUGUGGAUUUAGCCCACAAGCAGUGACAGCUUAAGAAAUCAGGCCUUGCAAAGAGGGGGUCAAACAAGGCUUAAUAAAGUCUGGAAGGAGCCGACUCCAUGUACAUGGAGUCACAGGCCCCUGGGCUGUGGUUCUGUGGCACUAGACUUUGCAAACCUUUAAGGUUAACACAAUGUUGUAGAGAUUGUGGCAAAGCUAUGAGCUCUAAUUCUGUAGUUUUUGUUUAAAACUAUGUUCACUGGCUGCAGGGGAAGCUGGGAGGGGGGGGAUUCAGUGGAACCUGCACCCUCUGGAGAACAUCCCCUCCUGCUCUCCGCUGGCAGGGAAAGCUGCAGGCAGCAAAUAAAGUGGCUGUGGAAGCCUCUGAGGGGGAGUCUCUUGGUGUAA